AUGACUACCACUAUCAAAUCCAAUGCCACACAGGCCUGGUGGAAGGAGUCUGUAGUCUACCAGAUCUACCCAGCGUCAUUCCUGUCGACUGGCUCCGGGAAUGCUCCAGGAUGGGGCGAUAUUAAAGGCAUCACGUCCAAGCUGGAUUAUCUGAAGCAUUUGGGGGUUGAUGUCGUCUGGAGCUCACCCAUCUUCAAGUCUCCUCAGGUAGACAUGGGCUACGACAUCAGCGACUACAAGGAUAUCGACCCACGUUUUGGAAGUUUGGACGAUGUCGACGAGCUCAUCCGGGAGCUAAAGAAACGUGACAUGCGCUUGAUGGUGGAUCUUGUGGUGAAUCAUACCUCAGACCAACAUGCCUGGUUUCUUGACUCUCGCUCUAGCAAGGACUCAGCCAAACGAGACUGGUAUAUCUGGCAACCUCCGAAGUAUGACGAUCAAGGCAAAAGGCAGCCUCCGAACAAUUGGGGCAUGAUUCUGGGCGACGCCAACAGUGCUUGGACCUGGGACGAGAAGACGCAGGAGUACUAUCUGGCACUGUUCACACCGGAGCAGCCGGAUCUCAACUGGCGUAAUCCUGAGCUCAGAGAGGCCGUUCAUGACGUGCUACGCUUCUGGUUGGAGAGGGGUGCGAGUGGAUUCCGCAUGGACGUUAUCAACAUGAUAUCGAAGGUCAAGGGCUACCCUGAUGCGCCUAUCGGCACACCUGGCGCGCCCUUCCAACCCGGCGAGAAGCACUUCGCAAACGGCCCGCAUCUACAUGAGUAUCUACGUGAGAUCAACGACAAGGUAUUGUCGAAAUUCGACACGAUCACGGUCGGCGAAAUGCCAUUCGUGCGGGACGAAGAGGAGAUUAUGAAAGUGGUAGGUGCUGACAGGAAAGAGCUGAACAUGAUCUUCAUCUUCGAUAUUGUAGACAUCGACAAUGCUCCUGGAGGGUUCAGACUAACCUUGCACGACUGGACACCGGCAGAUGUGCGAUCGAUCAUCACAAAAUACCAACGCCUGAUGCUUGAUCGUGACGGAUGGAACAGCAUCUUUAUUGAAAACCACGACAAUCCUCGCAGUGUCAGCCGAUAUGCAGAUGACAGCGAUCAAUACCGAGCGCUGAGCAGCAAGCUACUGUGUCUGAUGCAAACAACACUCGGUGGUACGCUAUAUGUCUACCAGGGCGAGGAGCUGGGCAUGCGCAAUCUGCGACCCGAAGUACCGAUGGAGGAGUACAUCGACAUUGAAAGUGUGAACUACUGGGAGAAGACCAAGAAGCAGCAUAGUGGGGACCAAGAGAAACUCAACUUUGGCAAGAAAGUCUUGCAAACCAAGGCUCGAGAUCAUGCUCGUACACCGGUGCAAUGGUCUGCGAAGCCUAACGCGGGAUUCUGCGACGAAGGUACGAAGCCGUGGAUGAUCGUGAACAGUGAUUACAAGACAGUCAACGCCGAAGUACAACGCACAUACAAGUCAGAAGACGAUCUGAGCGUUCUACAGUUCUGGAAACGUGGUCUGGCGAGCCGGAAAGAACAUAAGGACGUCUUCGUGUAUGGAGACUUCACUUUACUGGAGGACAGUAGUGAGAAUUUGUUUGCUUAUAAGCGCACGGGAGAUGAUGGCGCGGCCUUCGUCACAGUCUUGAACUUUUCUGGCAAAGACGUUGAGUGGAAUGUCUCGAAGGAGGCGAAUGUGAGCAAGUGGGUGACUGGAAACUAUCAGAAGGGUGCUCCGAGUCUCGACACUACCGGGCAGAUCAAGCUCAGGCCAUGGGAAGGUAUUCUAGGUGAGUGUGAGAAGUAG